CGUGCGCGCGUGCAGGCCGGUGUGGUGGCUAUCUGCGCGUUCGCGCACGCAGAGUGCGGGACGGUGCGGGAGUUCGGGACACGGUCGAUCGCGCGGACGUGUCGGUGUCGUCGGUGUCCGUCUCGGGUGCUCGGGUGUCGGGUGUUCGGGGAGUACGCUACGCGUACGGCACGGUGCGUAGCGCGUGUGUCGCAUUAUGCGUUACGCGGAACGUCAAUAACGUCAUAUACGUAUACAGCGCGGCGGGUAUCGGCAUACGGCGUUACUGGUCCCCUGUACCAGCUCGGGGCUCUGGGAUUCUCCCAUUCGCGGUAGUCACACACGCGCUGGCAGAGUGUUAUAUCUCGUAUAUACAUAUACAUAUCUCUCUCUCUCUCUCUCUCCUCCGGCCUGGCAUGAAAUGUCAAGCGUCCUGCGUUACCAUGGGCUGAAUCUCGCCGUGCCGUAGCUGUCAGAUCGCGCGCGCGACACGAAGAGACGAGAGGACACACACCGCGGUCAUCACCGCGUGCCCGGGGCAGGUGAUCCGGGUGCCAGCGACAAGAGACGGUCAGGCCGGGAGUGAAAGUGGAAGUGUAGAGUCUAGCUCUCGUUCGGCUCGCUUUUUUUCCCCCCCUCGCUGUACAGCGUGGUAUUUUCCCGAGCGACGCGGGGACAAAGGGUUCUCGCCCGCGACCACGAGGAGGCCCCGACGAGGACCCACCGUCGCGCGACGUUCCCGUGCCGAUGUUCGAUCGCCAGCGAUGGAGCUCAUGGAGCCCGAGAAGCCUGUCAUGCAGGGGAUACUGCUGCUGCCGCCGCAGGGAAUGCUAGGCCAGCUCAAGAAAUCCUGGCACAAGAGAUUCUGCCAGCUAUUCCGAACGAGCAACUACGGGAUCAAACGCGUCGAGAUCUACGACAGUCAGGAGGAGGCGAUAAUGCAGUCCCACUCUCCACGCAUCGUCACGCUGGACGCCUGCAUAAAAAUUGCGCCCAGCAAUCAGUCGCAUGUCUUCACCGUGGUGACUAAAUCGGGAAUACACUACUUCGGCUGUUACUCGGAGAUCGAGAUGACUCACUGGAUCACGGCGUUCCAAUUGGUCGCGUUCAAGGACAGUGUAUCGAAUCAGAUAGAGGAGAACAACGAUCUGUAUUGCACCAGCGGGGAGGGUGUAUUCUCCGUGAAGGUCGUAGAAACGGACGCGUCCAAGCGGUGCGGGCUGGAAGCGAGGAACUACACUUUGGUGGUCGCCAAGGUGGACAUGAAGCUGAUGGACGGUGACAUUGUUCUAUUCACAUGGCCGUACAGGUAUAUCAGGCGGUACGGAUACCGGGACGGGAAGUUCAUCUUCGAGGCGGGAAGAAAGUGCGAGUCCGGCGAGGGCUCCUUCCGCCUGGAGCACGGCAGCCAGCAGGAGAUCUUCAAAUGCAUGUACGCGAAAAUGAGGAGCAUGAAGAAGCUGAUGGACGAGGAAAACAAUCCGAGCGUGGAGUGCAACGACACGCAAUUUCAGGCAGCCCUGUCUAUGGAGGCUGGCUCCAGGGCGGCCUUACCUCCCUCGUCGAACAAUUCUAGCAAUUUGAUCGACAUAGAUUUUUCCACCGCGCAGAAUUCCCAGAAGCCCCUGACCUCGUCGUCGACGAGUAUGGAUUCCGCGAUCUCGUCGAGCAGGUCGAUAGGCAAGUCCAAGCCCGCCAAGCCGCCGCGUAAGUACGUCUUCGCUAAUCUGCUGGAGAAGAAGUGUCUCGACUCGGAGUUCCUGGACCUGCCCACGUGCGGGGAGUACCGAGCUAUAAGCCAGGGUAAUUCGCCGGAAUUGUCUCACAAGAGCAUCGGCAGUGUUGCGCGCGAGGACGAGGAGAAGCACCCCUACGACUUGGUGGAGAUCAGGAAUGACGCUUGGAAGACGCACGGCAUCGACAGCGUGCAUCACACGGAGAGAGUGAACUCGAAUCUACCCGGCGAGCGAGACAAGGAGAACGACAAUGACGACCUGCAGUACGAGAUCAUGAUGCCGAUACGGAAUCACGAUGCAUUCCAGAAUUCGUGCAAGAGCAAAUGCGGCGUCACCGGCGAUAACGCGACAAUCGUCGGGCCGUCGGCGACGCAGGCGGUCGCCAAGACCGACGAGUCGGAUUACGAUAAAUUGGAGCACUUCGGAUCCGCGACGAAACUUAGUCAGAAGACUACGUAUAAGUACACGAAUUCCUCGCCAAGCAUACAUUCCAACGUCUCUCACGGGGAAAGUUCUAAUCUCGUUAAUCCGACGUGGUCCAAUUACGAAAUCGUCGAGGACAUGUCCGCCAUCAGACUGGCCGACGACAGUCAUCUCGGUUACGGGAUGAUCCGGAAGAAGCCGGAUCUUUCCGAGACAGCUGCCACCGGUAACAUCGCGGGUGGUCCGCAGCAUAAGGUUUUCAACAACAGCGAAUAUGCAAUUGUAUCAAAACCAAAAAGGGUGUAAGGUAUACCGUUCGAGUAAACAAUUCGAGAUAUCCUUUCAAAGUACGACGACCAUGCCACAAAAGAAAAUUCGACUUUACAAAAUUCUUCUCUUUUUGUAAUUGUUUGUAAGGAUAUGAAGAAUAUGCUAGUCCAUACCGCGUGUGGUUAUAUAGAAUAAAAAGUAUUUCUCUUGCUUUACAAGAUGAUUGGCACGUUGCAAAAAUAAUUUCAUCAAGUACUUUCGCAUUAUCACAUUUGUUCAAUAUUUCUAUUCGCUUUUUACAUCAUUUUUAGAGACUAGUCCUCUUAAUCGCUGUUAUACGAUCUAUGUCUAGGAAAAGUGUCUAGUAAACAUCUAAAAAUUCCAUAGACGCAUUUGUGCCUUCUUAUAAAAGAUAUUCUAGUGUUGAUCUAGGAAAGCUCAAAGUGAUUAGUAAUUUUAUCUAACUGCAUUCGACUGAUUUAUCAGAAUACCUGUAUAGUGCCUUGUAGAAACAAAAAUGUUCUAAUUGAUGCCAAAAUGACUACUAAAUCGUUGUGAACGUGCAAGCGCGUUGAAAUAUCAGUAUCUUGAUAUUUGAAUAUAUAAUAUUGGUGUACUUAGAAAAUUAUUAUUUACAUAUAUAUUACAGUCAUAAUUUUCUAAUACCGCUAUUACUUUUACUCUCACAACCACUGUACUACUGUUAUCGCGCUCUUACUCUAUGACUAUUGUUAUAUAGAUAAAUCACGUUUAUAUCUAUUAUUAGACUUUUAAACGGUGCGAAAAAAAAACACGUUUAUUCUAUGCGGACAUGUUACAAAUUUGAUACGAUUUAAACGUUUUAAAGUGCGAAACUAUCGAUAUAAAUAUGUACAUAAUUUGAUACAAAUGCUCUCGUAAAGAGAUAAUUGAUUGAUCAUCACAAUUGGAUAAACUUAUAGAUAUUUUAACAUUAUAUGCUGCCGCAAUUUUAUAUAAAUAUAUAUAUAUAUAUAUGCACAAUGAAUAUUAGUGCUUUCGUCGGCGAUCGAAUCGAUCAUUUGCCUUAAUAUAAAUAUAUAAUAAUCCUAUACAAAUAUUUGUGCAAUGCAGAAUAUUGAAAGUACAAAAAGAAAUUGUUUCAUUCGUAUAAUAGAAAGCACUAUUAUUCAUUAUGCUGAAAUGAAUGACUACAAGUCAUGCAAUAAUUAUAUAAAUAGGAGUAAAUAACUAUUAUCUUUUAUACAUAUUUUUUUUUAUUUGCAGUCUUUUUACAAAAAGUUCCGUAACAAUUUUAAGAAAUUGUUGAGAAGCCAUUUGUAAUAAUACGUCCUUUGUGCCAAACAAAUGGUCUACCAUUGAUUGAAAUAUCGAUUAAUAUAUACAUAAAUAGACAAUAGUUGAUAAGAACUGCGCCAAUCAAUAUUCAAAUUCUGGAAUAUAUCGAACAGACACGUAAGACGAAAACUACUUUCUAGAUCACGUAUUGCGUUAGAUUGUAUUUUUAGCAGAUGUAUUAUUAGUAUAUUUUAAAAAAUUAUACACAUGCUUAAGGUUGAGUCUUGCAUGUGUAAUCUACUUAUUUGGUUUGCCAAACAUCAGUAACAAAAUUUAUAUCUACAGACGAAUUUUGUUGUUUUAAAAUAACUGUCUCAUCCAGCGCGACAAUACUUUCAUCUAAAUGUAAAUGAUUUUUUUUUUCAGCGCAUUCUGUAUCUUUUAAAGCGACUUGCGUACAUUUUGCGGCUGUACUCGUCGAUUCUAUGUUAUACACAAAUUUAUGCAAUAAAUUUGUAACAGAGAA